CCAAGUGCAAAAAUAUGUAUUAUUUUCUUCUUUUUAUACCUAAUGCUAAGAUUAGAGCCUCAUUUAAAAGUAAUAAUUGUCCUCCCAUAUGCGUCUGCCCAAAUUGUAUAAAAUUGACUUAACCACUUUUUAUGUAUGAUUAAUUUCAGAUUACCUUCUUUAAAGGAGAUCAAGUCUGAUGGAGAUGGUAGUUCUGCAACUGGAAAGUUUGGGGCCCUAGGUGGAAAGCUGUCAACCAAAUCCCAUGGGUUUACUCUCCACAUUCCACCUGGUGCCCUUGAGGAAGAUGAGAAAAUCAGCCUUCUGGUACUGACUGCGAUUCCAAAUGGCCUCACACUUAAAGAGGAUGAGCUUCUAGUCAGCCAUGGCUUCCAGUGUUACCCAUCCGGGCUACGCUUUAAGAAACCGGCAAAGCUGAUAAUACCUCACUGUGCAUUAGUCACUACUCCUAACGAUGUAAAGACCAUACUGUAUUCAUGGAAUCAGUCAGGUACACCUGAACGGCUUUCGGAUCCCGACAUUAUUUGUUCCGUACAAGAACGAUGGCUAGAGGUCUCAAUCAGCCAUUUUUCUGGAGGAUUCUUUGCCUUUAUUCGGAACAGGCGAUCUCUGAAGGGUAUAUUACUGUCGUGCAUGUCGUUUCUUCCCAGCCUCAUGCCUCCCUCCAGGAAACCAAUACUGGAGGUUCGCUUCGUCAAGAAGCCACAUGACCAGAAAUGGUACCAUGUCCACGAAUUAAAUGACCCCUGUUUCAAACCUGUGAAGGGGGACGACGAUGACAUUGUGUUUCGGGAAGGAACACUAACAGUCGCUUGCAAAUCAGAUGUACAUACUAUUCAGUUCAGCGACAUGAGGACACAAACGAAGGUGACAGAGUACUUUGAGCUCGAUCUAACCAAGGAGAGUGAUGAGACAUUACCGGUAGUGACACUUGAAGUGGGUCAAACAUCUACAAAGAAGAUCAAAUUCAACACACGUUUCCAAGGGAUCGGCAAAGAGACUACAGAACAGAAUGCUCCUACACUAACCAGAAAUGAAAUUCCAUCAGAUGAACAGAAAGUGACAGAUGCGAAUAUCCUGAAAGUAGCAAAGCUUCUACCACCUGAUCGGUGGAGCCCUCUUUACGUUGCUCUUUGCAUCGAUUACAGCACCGCUGAAGGUAUUAGAAAGGAGUUUAGAGAGAUAACUGAACAGUACAUACACCUCCUUCAAACAUGGAAAGCUGCAUCAACUCGGACCAGAAAGGAUCUCAAUGCAAUCCUCAUCGAGAUAGAAGCGGGAGGACUUGUAGACAAGUACGUGGAUUAGGUGUAAAACCAGAAGAAGAGAGUAAGAGUGAGAUGUACAUAGAUCUUAAUGAAUACAGUACACUCAACACUGAAAUAUGACUAUUCCUCUUUUUGCGGAUGUUUCCAAUGGUCGGUUGACUAGUAACGUGAUGAAAGAUCUUAAUUUAUAUCACUUCGUGUAAAUUCUACCUUUUUUCUUAAUCGUAGAGAUUUAUGAUUUUAUUUUCAUGAUGAUUAAACCGCAUUUAAUGACAUUUUCAACAUGCAGAGACAUACUCUACUAUCGGUAG